CGACUAUCCAACAACCGGCGCCCAGAUUAGCUGCAAAACGCGUGAGAGCUAAAAUUACUCCCGCGCUGAAGAACCCGGUCGGCGAACUCGUCGGUAUGGGGUCGUUUCCGUCGGCGGCGGCCAAGCCCGAGGCCAACCCUGCCGAGGCCGCGUCCACCAAGCCGACGACCAAGAAGCACGACCAAGCGCCGACCCACUUUGCGACCGAACUCAACACGGUAUGCUACAACUACCUCAAGGCGAUGCCACUGCCCCGCGUCCUCGAGUCGGACGUCGGCCGCCGCCUCUUUGGCGUCCACUGCGCCGAGAUCAAGAAGAAAGAUGUGGCCAGGGUCUAUUUUGCGCUCCAAGCCAAGUGGCAAGCGCUCAAGCAACCGAGCAACAACAACAACAGCUCGGACGACAAUAGCGCUGACCUCGGGCAGCUCGAGGCGGCCGUGACCAACCUCGCGAGCACGACACGCCUCUCGAACGCGACGAUCGGCCUCCUCCGCAUCGGCUUGAACGCCAACGGGUCCUUCACGAACGAAGACGACCUUCUCGCGAUGAUGGACGACUGCAUGAAGGCGCUGCGGCAGGUCGAGGCCGAGCACUGGCCGCGCUCGAGCGCCGGGCGAGAAUUCAUGGGCAAGACGCUCAAGUUUGAGCUCAUGCUGCGGGACGACAUGGCCAUGUGCUUCUUCCACCAGUUUCUCGUGCAAGAAUACUCGUCCGAGAACCUCGAGUUCAUCGAUAUGGUCAACUCGUUCGAUGACAACUACGACAGCUUGUCGGCGGAUGACCAAGUCGCGGCCGCUGCCCGCAUCCUCAAGCUCUUUGUCGACGAGAACGCGCCGCUGCAGAUCAAUAUCCCGUCCAAGAUCCGCGUCCGCCUCGAGCGCAAGGUCAGCAAGGACAAGGAAGCGCCCAAAGAUUUGUUUCGGGCUGCGAAAAGCGAAAUCGUUGCGCUCGUCCAGCGCGACUCGUGGCCGCGCUUUCUCAAGACACCGAAUUGGGCCGCGUACCUCGACUACGACGAAGUGGCGGCGCGGACCGCGUCGGCCCAAGCGCGUCACGACAUUUACUUGGAUUUCAUUGGCGACGACGAUCUGACGGCGAUUCUGAGCCACGAGCUCGGGCGCGAGUACCUCGGCUUGUACGUGGUGAUCAUGGCGCUCCAGCCGGAAGGCAGCGUGGACUUCCUGCACCACGUCAUGACGUUUGGCAUGGUCCAGAACGAAAAGGAGGCCGACGAAAUGAGGCGCGAGAUCUUUGCGCGGUACUUGGCCCCGUCGGCGAUCGCGCCCGCGCGCUGCGUGUCGCCACAGACGAGUGCAGUGAUCGCGUCGCAGCUCGAGACGCACCAGGGCAACACGCUCUUUGACGUCGCGGCGACCGAAGUGCGGAGUUACCUCGAAGACCAAAUGGUGCCACAGUUCAAGCGCAACGGGAUGUACGCCAAGUACCGCAUCUUAGUGGGCCAGAGCCAGCCGAUCAAGAGGAAAGGGUCGCUUGCGCAGGCCAUGGACAAGAGACCGCUCUAGGCUUCCUACAUCCCAAUGCAAUAAUAUAUCAACACCACAUGUAGUAGCGUCCA